UCUUUAAGUUCCAGUGAAAUCCAUCAGGGGCAGUCUACAGGAUCAUUGUGUCUGUGCGCCCAUAAACUACAGUGGAGAGACCUGCUGCUCUGUGUUGUUACGGUGGAUCGGAUCUGGUGUUUUUACAGGGUUAUUCCUGCACUUGAAACGCAUGGAGUAGAGUAAAAAACUUCAACCCCGCAUAAUCAUGAGAUGCCACUGGGUUGUUUUCGUCUCACAUUUUGUUUUGCUGCCACUAACAGUUUGGUGCCAGCCAGUCAUCUCCCCCAACGGACCUUACAUAGUAGUUCCCAAGAUGGGAAAGCUGGAGCUGCGUUGUCAGGACAAUGCCACGACAUCUGGUGCCCCAUCCAAGUUGAGGUGGCAGAGGGAGAGGGCUCGCAGGCUGGAGGGAGAGGUGGAGGAGGGUGGAGUGGCUUAUGUCAAGGUGUCAGCAGCGCAGGCCUACCACAUGGGUCGUUAUGUGUGUGUCAACAACAGCACACUGGAACAUAGCUCCAUCUAUGUAUAUGUGAAAGACCCCCAGAAUGUCUUCCAGCGCACCAUGGUGAACAACAUCCUGGUGCGUUCAGGUGAGAACUGCACCAUCCCCUGUCUUGUGACCGACCCCGAUGUCACCCUCAUGGCACUGGAGAGCUGCGAUGGACAACCUUUGCCUUCCAGUAUGAGUUACCGCAGCAACCUCCAGCAAGGUGUCAUCAUCAGCAAUGUGAGAAAGGAAUAUGAUGGCUGUUUCGUAUGUGUGGGACAGCUCGCUGGAGUCAAAGUGACGUCGAGCCAAUACACUGUGGAUGUACGACUUGUUCCAGAGGUGCCUCCAGUGAUCACACUGUCCCGGAAAGACCCUGUUAUUCUGAGGAAAGGAGAGCAGUUUGAGAUUACCUGUAGCUCUGUCAACAUCAACCCGGAUUUAAAUGUCAAGUGGAAUUUCCCUUCAACAGCGCAUCCUGAUAAAUCCCACACCUCCCACAUCCUGUCCGGUGCCCGCGGUUACCAGCGUGCCACCUCACUCUUGAUCACAGCUGUCAACCAAUCAGACUCGGGCACUUACCGCUGUCACGCCCAGAACGAGAGAGGCACCAGUGCCACAGCAGUGCAGCUUGAUGUCCGAGAUCAGGGGUUCAUCACCAUUUUAGGCCCCCCAGGUCCAGUCCAGGCUGAUGUUAAAGAGGGGGAGAGCCUGAGCCUCAGAGUAGAAUUUGAUGCCUAUCCUGCACCCAGCUCCAUGUCGUGGUCUUACAACGGCAUACAGAUCCUCAACACCACAGAGCACGUUAUCACCAUCCACCACCACAAAUACAGACUCAUCAGCAAACUCAGACUAGUGAGGGUCCUCGGCUCGGAGGGCGGGAUCUAUAAGUUCUCAGCCAGCCACGAGGAUGCAUCUGAGGAGCAUUCAUUCCACGUGUACGUCAUCAGCAAGCCGGUUAUCAUCGCCCAGGAAGGCCCUGUUGAUGGACAGGUGCGGUGCAUUGCCGCUGGUUCCCCAGUCCCUAAAAUAAGCUGGUACUUCUGUGAGCUGCCCCACACGAGGUGCUCACACCUGCCCAACGCCACCCAAUGGGAGACUACGGAUGUUGCCAUGGUGACAGAGUCUACCUUCGGUAGGAGCGAGGUAGUGAGCCGACUGAAUGUGAGCAAGGAGCACGCACACUAUCACACACUGGAGUGUGUAGCGAGUACGGUGGGGGAAGAGGCCUACACACUGUUCUCCAUCAGUGAACGCAUCGUCCCCCAUAGACUCUUCACUCCUCUUCUAACUGGCAUGGUGGCCACUGGCGUCUUCCUCUGCCUCACUCUAGUGGUGCUGCUCUAUAAAUACAUGCAGAAACCAAAGUUCCAAAUCCAGUGGAAGGUCAUUGAGAGCAUCCAUGGCAACAACUACAUAUAUAUUGACCCCACCCAGCUGCCAUAUGACUCCAAAUGGGAGUUUCCUCGACAGAAACUACGUUUCGGUAAAACGUUGGGCUCUGGGGCUUUUGGAAAGGUAGUUAGGGCCACAGCAUAUGGACUCUGCUCUGCAGAUACCAUUACAACUGUCGCUGUUAAGAUGCUCAAACCAAACGCUCAUGCUACGGAGAAGGAGGCACUGAUGUCAGAGCUGAAGGUGCUCAGUUACCUUGGAAACCAUGUGAACAUUGUUAACCUGCUGGGUGCCUGCACUGUCGGAGGCCCAAUUUUGGUGAUCACAGAGUACUGUUGCUAUGGCGACCUCCUCAACUUCCUGCGCAGAAAAAGAGAGUCCUUUUUAAACUCCCAAGUUGGUGAUGGUUACCAUCGCAACGUCUCGAACCAAACGGAGCCUACAACAAGCAGUGGAGAGGUGACUGGUCCAGGGUAUGUGCCCAUGCUUCCCUCUGAGAAAGAAAGGUCUUCCCAGUCAGUUGAUGUAGAGGAGCUGUCUCUGGACACCGAAGAUCUCCUCAGCUUUUCCUACCAGGUGGCCAAAGGAAUGGAAUACAUUACUUCCAAGAAUUGUAUCCACAGGGAUCUUGCAGCCAGAAACAUUCUGCUGACUCACGGCAGGGUGGCGAAGAUCUGUGACUUUGGGUUGGCACGAGACAUCACCACUGAUGCCAGCUAUGUGCUCCGGGGCAAUGCUCGUCUGCCAGUCAAGUGGAUGUCUCCCGAGAGCAUCUUUGACUGUGUCUACACGUUUGAGAGUGACGUGUGGUCCUACGGCAUCCUGCUCUGGGAAAUCUUCUCUCUGGGUAACAGCCCAUAUCCUGGGAUGCAAGUGGGCUCAGUAUUUUAUAGGAUGAUUCAAGAUGGCCACAGGAUGAGCAGGCCCGAGUUUGCUCCCAUUGAGAUGUAUGACAUGAUGUUGUCUUGUUGGAACCAAGACCCUUUGAAAAGGCCUUCCUUCAGGAAACUGGUGGAGAGGACUGAGCUAAUGCUGUCAGAAAAUACCAGGAAUGUGUACCUGACACUGAGCAACGUUCCAGGUCAUCCAGAGCAGCAGAGGACGCCGUCACGGAGGCUCAGCUCAGUCUGCAGCACGACAGCUCCCACCCAGCCUUUACUGCAAAGCACGGCUGAUGUCUUCCUGGACUAUGUCUGACACACACAUACAUACACACACACACACACACACACACACACACACACAAACAAACACAUAUGCACAUACCCUCUGCUAUGAAAUAUACAACCCCCCUACCUCCCUGAUCAUUCUCUCCUUUUACCGCACACACUACAAGAGCCAGAUACACUCUGUAGACUACUAACAACACAUUCACUUAAACUAACUCUCAAAUGCUGGCCUUCCUGUAUCACACACACACACACACACACACACACACACAUUCUGUAUAUAUACGACCCUGCACUGGGCUCUCAGUAUUGGCCUCUAUCUAAUCUCCCUAUUGGCGUAUUGAUGUCUGCAGUAGAUAUUUCAGGUGUUCGUCUAUAUAAAGCAGACUCCAGCACUAACCGCCCAUUAGAUACAACAUACCCCAUCAGCACCGGGAGGAGUUUUGGCUCACAUUCAGCCUUAGCUUGCAUCUUAAGAUGCUUUAUGGAAAACAGAGACCUUUGACUGAGGAAUAGAUAAGCACAGUUGGUGCUGUGAUGUGUGGACAUUUUUGUGUCAGAUUUGUUUCCCUUUUAUUAGGAAUAUUGUUGCCUUUUUUGGGAAGUAUAAAUAAAUACCGCUUUCUUGCAGAGAGUUAGAUGAGAAGAUUGAUUAUAUAUGUGCGUUAUGGAUGGAGGUAAAGCAAGCCGCUUAGCUUAGCAUUAAGGCUGGAAACGCAGGCAAACAGCUAGCCUGGCUUUGUCCAAUAGUGAUACAUUUUGUCUACCAGCAGCUCUAAAGUUCACAAAUGACCACAUUAUAUCUCUUUAGUUUAAUUCUUAAAAAAAAGUACAAUUGUGGAUUUAAUGGGGAGUUGUGUGUUUCCAGGAGUCUCUGCAGGUUGCCUGACAACCUUAUUUGAACUGAACUUGUUUUGCUUUUUUUUCCCUCUUAUUCUUGAGAAUUAAUACAAGUUUGCACGUCUUGUUCUAUAUGUACAAUAAGUCUUAAUCGAACCAGGCUAGCGGUUCCCCGCUGUUUCUAGUCUGUAUGCUUACCUAAGCCAACUGGCUGCUAGCUGAACCUGAGGAAAUAAGUGUAUUCCCAAAACUAUUCAAAAUCUUAAUUUACUGCAAGAGUCACUAGAUUAACAAAUAUUGAGUUGUUGUCAGCAAGCCUACCUUAAAACUGGUGUUACUGCAAUAGGGCUUGAAAAAAAUGAUACCUUCUGAUAAAAGACCUGAAGUCUCUUUUACAUUAUAACAAAUGAGCCAUAUAGCAAGGUAGCAUGCGAGCGAUAACUCCUAAUAAAACAUAAAGCCAUUAGUUACAGAAACACUGAUUCCCAGCUGUGUGUUGUAGCUUUGAAUACUGUGACUUAUUAAAGACUAACUGGUGUAUUGCUGUACGUAUUUUAGGGUUAACUUUAGCUUAGUCCGUGGCCAGGCCUUUAGGACUGAUUGUGUUUUUUUUACUUGAUUUAUGUCAAACAUUUAUGCAAUGUAAAUUCAAUAGAGAUGUGCCUUUAGAUUUUUUUUAAAUACUGAAUGCAUUUGAUUGUGAUAUAGUUAUUGUUGAGAGUCAGAAGAGAGUUUCUGUAUGCUGGUUUUGAGAAUCAUGCCGUUUUGAUACAGUUGGUUGACUUGUAAUAAUAAAGUACCUGUGAUGGUUAAACCAAC